UUUCUGUGUGAUUAUGUUUAUGUUUAUAGAUGUUUUGUCGUUGUGAACAUAUUUGGCGCGUCUUUGAUUAUUACUGUUGGCGUCCGAUGACAUCACCUCUCGCGACGUCCCUCCCCUCAUUCAGUCAGCGUCGAGUCUUCUGAAUCAAGGCAACCCGUUCACGAUCAGCUCCUCCCACAGCAACCACAUCAUCAGUGAAGCUCCUCCCACAGCAAUUCACCAAUAAAUGUUCCCUUCAGUCUACAAGUAAAGACGAUCAUCAAAGCAUCAGGAAGAGCUGAAGUCUGCAAAGACUAAGUUUAUUAAAGAGGACAGUGAGAACAUGAGUGAUCCAGAAUCCUGCAGAAUGAAACACACUGAAGAUACUGAAGAACAAAGAGACCUGAUGGAAGAAAGCGAGGAGAGUGAAGAACUGAGUGAUGUGGAGGAUGAACAUGUCAAACCUGGAGAAAAACCUUUGAGUCGCUCAAAGACUAAAAAGACAUUUUUAAAGCAAAGAGCCAAGAAAUCUACAACCUGCACUCAGUGUGGAAAGAGUUUCAAAAACAAACAACGUCUUGAUGUUCAUAUGAGGGUUCAUACUGGAGAGAGACCAUUCACAUGUGAUCAGUGUGGGAAGAGUUUCACACAAUCAGUACACCUUAAGGGACACAUGAUGAUCCACACUGGAGAAAAGCCAUUUGCCUGUGGUCAGUGUGAAAAGAGAUGUUCGAGCAAACAAAAUCUUGAGCUUCACAUGAAAGUUCAUACUGGAGAGAAGCCCUUCACAUGUGAUCAUUGUGAAAAGAGAUUUUCAAACAAACAUAAUCUUAAGAUUCACAUGAGAGUUCAUACUGGAGAGAAGCCAUUCAUGUGUGAUAAGUGUGAAAAGAGAUUCGCAAAUAAAUAUAAUCUAGAUCUUCACAUGAGAGUUCAUACUGGAGAGAAGCCGCAUGCAUGUCAUCAGUGUGGGAAGAGUUACACACAACCAGCACACCUUAAGGAACACAUGAGGGUCCACACCGGAGAGAAGCCAUUCAUGUGUGAUCAGUGUGAAAAGAGAUUCCCGUACAAACAAAGUCUUGUGCUUCACAUGAGAGUUCAUACUGGAGAGAAGCCUUUCACAUGUGAUCAAUGUGGAAAGAGUUUCACGUAUAAAAAUAAUCUUGAUGACCACCUGAGAUUUCACACUGGAGAGAAGCCAUUCACAUGUGAUCAAUGUGGGAAGAGUUUUGCGCAAUCACAUCGCCUUAAAGGACACAUGAGGAUCCACUCUGGAGAGAAGCUGUUCACAUGUGAUCAUUGUGAAAAGAGAUUCUCGAACAAACAAAGUCUUAAGCUUCACAUGAGAGUUCAUACUGGAGAAAAGCCGUUCGCAUGUGAUCAAUGUGGCAAAACAUUUCUUACAGCAUCACACUUGAAGGGACACCUGACAGUUCAUACGAAAGAGAAGCCACAUUCAUGUUCUGAAUGUGGAAAGAGUUUUUCACUGCUGCAAAAUUUAAAAGCACAUCAGAAAAUGCAUACUGGUGUGAAAGAGUACAUGUGCUUUGAGUGUGGGAAGACUUUCCUUUCAGCAAACUGUUUAAAACUGCACCAGAGAAUUCACACUGGAGAGAAACCUUACAAGUGUUCACACUGUGACAAGAGAUUCACUCAGUCCGUAAAUCUGAAAACACAUGAGAGUAUCCACUCUGGAGAGAAGCCACACACGUGUGAUCAGUGUGGAAAGAGUUUCGCUAUUAAAAGUUACCUGAAGAUGCACAUGAAGAUCCAUGCAGUGGAGAAACCACAUCACCGCAGUUUGAAAUCACGAAGUACCAGAAAGGAAGGAGAGGACAGAGAUAACGCCAGUGAUCUAGAGCCCUGCAGAAUGAAACCGAAUGAUACUGAAGAACAAACAGAGCUGAUGGAUAUGAACAAAAAAAGGAAAAACAGAAGGCAAAAAAAUCUGUCACCUUCAGUGUAAAAAAAAAAAAGAUUCACAUGUAAAUCAAGGCUGAAGAUUCACAUGAGAGUUAACACUGGAAAGAAACGGCUUUCGCUCUGAAAUCACAUCUACCUUCUCAUUCUGAAGAAAGACCAUUUAACUGUGAGCAGUGUGGUAAACAUGAAGAAUCACCUAAAGGUUCACACAAAGGAGAAGAUUCAUUCAUAACAUUACAGCAGAAAAGACACGGCUGUCGUGAAUAUGGCUCCCACGGCUCAUCCUCCGGACCGCCGGAGGGAGCCAUCACCGGAAUAUUGACUCCCUGCCAUUCGGACUCCAUUUCCCAUAGGCCCUCAUUCCUGGGACUGAUUGCACUUUCACCUGCACCACAUCACGCACACACUAUUUAAGACACACACCACAUCUUUGCGAAGUCUUGAUUUGCUACGGUAGUCAUUUCUGAGCGUUAUUCUGUGGACUGAUAUCUUGUUAUCACCCGGGCUGUUUAUUAUCUGUGAACCUCUGCCGCCUGCCCUGAACUUUGCCUGUACUCUGGACUGUGAUUGUUUGCCGCCUGUCUUGAUCCCUGCCUGUGACCCGUCUCUGAUUCCUGCUGCCAGCCUCGACCCCUGCCUGUCCCUGACUACGGUACUGCUCUGCCCUUGUCUGUACUACUGCUGUGUUUAAUAAAGCUGCUAAUGGAUCCACACACUGUUGACCCAUCAUUACAACGGCAGUGUAUUUUAAAUAUGCAGGAAUCCUUUAUUACAGAUGAUGAUCUGAAAGAGUUCUCUCUUUUAUGAAAAGUAGUCAUAUUUUAAAUGAACUCAAUGUUCUUGUGCUUGCAUAGUUCAGAAAGCGUGAAUCUGAUAUUAAUUUUUAACUCAUUCUUCAUUGUUUUUUAUUUGAACAUCGAAUUUCUCUUCCUCUUCUACUCUUCCAUGCAAUUGCAGGAUAUACUUCAUGUAGCUUUGAAACUGGCCUUUGCUGAUGAUUUGGCUGUCUUCGUUUUCAAUUUUUCUUUUUUCUUUUUGUAUUUGCUUCAAUGAUUGAUUAAACUCAUGACUCCUUUUAUCAAUAACUCAUUGUCAGUUUUAUUUUACGCUGGUUCUGCUUGCAUCAGAAAUUUUAGUUCUAAAAGCCAUGAAGUUGCCUAGUAUAUUUGCUUUUUGAGCUUUCCGUGUCUUUAUAUUCUCAAUAGUUUUUGAAUGCCUAAUUUUCAUCUUACACAUGACUGACAUUAAAUA